GGAGCCUCCAUUUGUUUUCCUGUGUUGUUGGGGAUGGGAUUGAAAAUGGGAGACAGGAAGGGACAUUGCUUUAGCUGUUGUGGGUCUUCUGGAGUCCUCACCAAUGGCCCAGUCUGGCUGCAUGAACUGGGACCAUGGGUCCCGCAAUACUUGCAAACGCAACCAGGAACUCCAGAAUCCCAACUGGGUCAAGAAGGGUCUUGAACUUGGUGUCAACAUGGCAGACGAUGACUGGGAGACAGACCCAGAUUAUGUCAACAACGGCAGCGGAGAGUCCGGUGAUCGGGAGAUUUCGACAGCGUCCAUCAUUUCUGAUCUCUCCCGAUCCAUCCGAGAUUGCAGCCUCGGACAAUUGAACCCACGCACCAAGGAGUACAUUGACUACCAAAGACAUAGUUGCCAAGUUUCAGGAGAGAACCCUUUGAAGAACCGUUAUCCGAAUGAACACCCGGCUCCAGGAUUCAGCAUUGAACGGUCAUCGUUGUUCACACACAAUGCUGCCGAAAAGUUAGAGACAUUUUUAUCUGAGAAACUCCACUCUUGGGGGAGCCAUGCACCAUGUCAGUCCAAAAAUAUGGAAAGUCGCCAGAGACAUCACAGAAAGGGCCAUCCUGAAGGAAUGACCGAGAGACUGACACAUGUCCAGUUGACUGAUGGAAUAGGUAACACCAAGAGAAUAGGGGACACAUGCCACCUCGGAGCAUUCCAAGACCCGUGGCACCUCCAGCAAAAUCUUGGAGGUAAGAGAUGGGCUUCAGAGGGCCUCCUUUGGAAGCGAGAAGGAAGCGGUCCUUCCACAGCGGUCAGCAGCUCAGCCAGGAUUUUGCCCCAAUGCCGGAUCAGUCAUAUCCAGCGGUGCCAUGCAUGCCAAGCCUUUAAUCAGGACCAGCCCCCUGUCCCGUAUGAGAACUGCUGGACCCCACUACGGGAGGAGGACCAUGGCAGCAUGGCAGAUUGCCAAGAGAAGGAACCAGCAGCCCCUUCCUCCAGGCAACAGGUCUCAGACCGGCUCUCCAAAGUCCAGCGGUGGCUGGAGCAGACUCCAGUGGAACGGCCACCAGGACCAGACCUCUUGAGGCACAGAAACCAACGCCCAGAUAUCCCAGGAUGGUGCCAUGAUUAUACUUCCCUAAACCAAAAGGAUGGAGAUCUCUGGGCUAGAGAAAUCAGGAAUUGUCGGAGGCCGGGUGCUGCUGCAGAAAUGAGACCCAGAUGGACAAGACACCAAGGAGAGAACCAUAAUCACCACCAUCAUCAUCAGCCAUCGGUGCAGAUCCUGCCCUGUGACGAUGGCAGCAUCUCACCACCCACUUGCAACUGCCUCUUCUGCGAGCAACAGAGACCGCGUGCCCAGCUGGUGUCCGGCAAGGUCCAGCCUGACCUCUCAGUUGAAGAAGUGGCCCAACGGUUGCAGGCGGAGAACCGCAUCUCCCGGAUCGUGGAGGCCUUUGAGCGGCGGACUUUGCGGGAGGCCAAGAGGAUGGAGAAGAGGGGAGGCCGAGUGACCGCAACAGUCAGCGAGCCCAAGCGGGUCCAACGGUCAAGCAGUGCCAAGGCCCACAAGUCUCACCUCUCAGCGAAAGAAAGGCACGAGGAGGGUAGGACUAUGCAGCCAAGGAAACGCCACAGUUUCAUGGACAGACUGCGGGGCAUCCAUUAGGGUUGCGGACCGGCAAAGUUAUGGGCCCAGGAAAGGGAAAGAGGGGUUGGCGAUUCUUGGUGUAUGUUGCAAAUUUUUAAAUAAAAAUUGUCCUAAAAGAAGAAGAAGAGGAGGAGGAGGAGGAGGAGGCAUGCGCGGAAGGAAGUUGUGGAGAUUUGGCAUGAAGGAAGAAUAUUGCAAAAUUUGUGAUUUGUGAUUUGCAAUUGUUUUUAAUUGCAAUUUUUAUUCUUACAUAUAUCUUGACUGAAAAGACAAUAGUUACAAAUGUUCCCA